AUGGCUAAGAGAGUGAUCUCUGAUAACACUAUGGUGGCCCAUGAGGCUUUCCACAAACAUAAUAGACAAAACAAUCUUAAUCAUGGUUUUGUUGGAAUCAAGAUUGACAUUGAGAAAGCCUGUGACAGACCGAAGUGUAAUUUUAUAAGAGAAGAUCUCCAAAACCUGGAUUUUCCUACUGUUUUCAUAUCCAACAUCAUGAAUUGUAUCACUACUACUAAAUUUGAUGUCCUCAUUAAUGGAAAUCCUAUUGAUGACAACCUGCUUUUCUGUCAAGCUACAAUCAAAGAAGCCACUAACCUUAGCAAAAAAUUUCAAGACUAUCAAAAUAGCUUUGGAUAA